AUGGUUGACAUUUUAAACGUUGGAGGUGAACCGAUCUUUGAUGAUCGCAUCGUCAAGAUUGAAACUCACACGUACAAUCCAUAUGUGAACACAACAUUUGAACACAGUAAUGAAAUACGCAUACCUAUAACCCAGCAGGACUUGUACACUUUACCUUGUCAAAGUUUUCUUUACAUCGAAGGAAAAAUGACGUUAACAAAGAAAGAUGAAGAAGAAGUAUAUUUGGGAAAUAAUUGCGCGGCUUUUAUGUUCGAUAAGAUUCGUUAUGAACUCAAUGGUGUGGAGAUUGAUCAUAAUAGAAACGUUGGAAUAACCAACACAAUCAAAAACUACAUAUCGCUAACACAUGAUAAAAGCAUAGCUAUGAAGAAUGCUGGAUGGGAUACUGCACUACAUACGGACAUAGAUAGGUACUUUAAUUUCUGUGUACUACUCAGCAUGUUAUUAGGAUUCUACGAGAACUACAAGCGCACUGUUAUUAAUGCACGUCAUGAACUAAUUUUAAUACGAUCGCGCAACGACAAAUACUGCAUAACAGCGAUUUCUCAGAUAGAUCGUGAAGCAUUGAAUGGAAAAAUUGAAUUAUUCAAAGUGCAAUGGCGAAUGCCACAUGUAGUGUUGAACGAUGUCACAAAGCUUUCACUGCUACGAACGCUGGAAAGCGGGCGGUACUUGACCAUGAGUUUCCACUCGUGGGAUCUCUAUGAGUUUCCGUUAUUACAGAGCACAACUAAACACUCGUGGACCGUAAAAACGGCGACACAACUUGAGAAACCAAGAUACGUCAUAUUUGCUUUGCAAAUUGCUCGAAGAAACGAUAUGUUAACAGAUAUCUCACAAUUCGAUCAUUGUCAGUUGACCAAUGUAAAACUAUAUCUCAACUCUGAAUUCUAUCCCUAUGAUGACUUGCAGUUAGAUUUUUACAAGAAAAAAUGCCGUUUUGUACGACAUGUACACGCAUUUCCGCAAAACUUACUACGAUUGUGA